ACGCAAAUGACGUGAUACAGUUUGGCCGAGUGCGGUUGCCGGAGUCGAUGUCCAGAGGUGCAGAAGGGUCGAAUGCUGAUCUUAUAGGAACAACUAUUGAUGGAAACGCUUUUGACAAAGGUCGCCCAAAGAAAAGAAUUAGAGUACCACCGAAGUUUUCAACAAGAAUGGACAGCCAUUGUGGAGAUGGAGAAUUCUGCUGUGUGUUUAAAUCCACAGAUGGGGAGUAUGCCAAAGCGUUCGCAUUCGAAGUUACCAAUCAACAUUUUGCCAAGUUCGCAUCAAGACAAGAUAAUCAAACGAAUAAAAGACACGCCUUUGUUGGCAAGAACUGUUCACCAUCCUACCAGCAUGAUAGAAAAUCAAAUUGAAUUACGUUCACGAUUAACGGAUGGAAAUCUCAACGCCUGCGUGAAGAUUAAUCUGAGUGUAUGAAACAGACUGUCAAACCAUUAGCAAAACCAGGAAGCUCCUGAAGUCGCAUUAAUGCCCAGAAAGUGUUGUGAUCGUCCUGUGCAGAUGUCUUCAAAAACGUCCGGAGAGUACAAGGAAGAAGUUCGCGGACCAAGAAAUGAGGAAGAGUCACAACGCCAACUACUGGACGCUGUGUUCAAUGUGCAACCUCGAAUUUUCCUACACAGAGCAGAAGCUGAAUUUCCACAGACGCCCUGCAAGUUAACGGUGCCAGGGGUGGGUGUUGUUAACCCGGGCCACAACCGAUCCGACAUCACUGAAAAUCUUCGGACUAAGUGGCAGGAACCAGAACCUCCUCAUAUUAAACAGGAAAUGGAGGACGAAGAGGUCCACCAUAUCAAAGAUGAAAGAAAGAUGAUUUUUGUUAAAAAAGAGGAGGAAGAAGCACAACCCCACAUUAAACAGGAAGAGGAGGGUAUCACCAAGUUUCCAUCAACUGGUGUCCCUUUCAAGAGUAAAGAUGAAUAUCUAAGUGAGGAGAGCAGAAGGGCAGAGCCUCCAAGGACCUGCUCAAGUCAACACAUGACAACAGAAGGUGAUGGAGACCACGAUAAAGGAUCACAACCAGACGGACUCAUACCGUCACCAUCUGAUCGUGAUGACAUGACAUCAGACUCUCCUCGCGUUGAUGAUAAUGGACAGUGUAAAGGUGAUUUGACAUCUUACAUAGAAAACAAACGAUGGAAAUGUUCUCAGUGUGGGAAAAUGUUUGCUUAUCAGAGCAAAAUGAAACAACACUUGAAAAUACACACAGGACAGAAAGAUUUUGCCUGUUUAGUUUGUGGCCAAACAUUCACUCAAAAUGCAAACCUAAAAUCACACACAAGAACACACUCUGGUGAAAAACCUUUUUCUUGCUCAGUUUGUGGUCAAAGAUUCACUCAUAAGGCAAACUUAAAAUCACACACAGGAACACAUUCUGGUGAGAAACCGUUUUCCUGUUCAGUUUGUUGCCAAAGAUUCUCUGAGAAGGUAACCUUAAAGAGACAUGCAAGAACCCACACUGUUGAGAACCCUUUUUCCUGUGCAGUUUGUGGUCAAAGAUUCUCUCUGAAGGGAACCUUAAAAAUACACACAAGAACGCACACUAGUGAGAAACGUUUUUCUUGCACAGUUUGUGGCCAAAUAUUCUCUCGGAAGGCACAUUUAAUAGGACACACAAGGACACACACUGGUGAGAAACCUUUUUGCUGUUCAGAUUGUGGACGAAGAUUCACUGAGAACGGAGAUUUAAAAAGACACACAAGAACACACACUGGUGAGAAGCCUUUUUCAUGUACAGUUUGUGAUAAAAGAUUCACUGAGAAAGGAAAAUUAAAAAUACACACAAGAACACACACUGGUGAGAAACCGUUUUCCUGCUUAGUUUGUGGUCAAAGAUUCACUCGGAAGGAAGAUUUAAAAAGACACAUCAGAACACACACUGGUGAGAAACCUUUUUCCUGCUUAGUUUGUGGUCAAAGAUUCUCUCAGAAGGGAACCUUAAAAAUACACACAAGAACCCACACUGGUGAGAAGCCUUUUUCUUGCGCAGAUUGUGGUCAAACAUUUACUCAGAAGGGAACCUUGAAAAUACACGCAAGAACGCACACUGGUGAGAAGCCUUUUUCCUGCUUAAUUUGCGCUCAAAACUUCUCACGAAAGAGAACCUUAAAAAUACACACUAGAAUGCACACUGAUGAGAAACAUUUUUCUUGCUCAGUUUGUGGUCAAAGAUUCUCUCAGAAGGAAACCUUAAAAAGACACACAACAACACACGGAUGAGAAGCCUUUUUCCUGUUCAGUUUGUG